UUCAGCGUUCCUACUUAACGCCACGAUGCCUGAACCCACCAAGUCGGCUCCGGCCCCGAAGAAGGGCUCCAAGAAGGCGGUGACCAAGGCGCAGAAGAAGGACGGCAAGAAGCGCAAGCGCAGCCGCAAGGAGAGCUACUCGGUGUACGUGUACAAGGUGCUGAAGCAGGUGCACCCCGACACGGGCAUCUCGUCCAAGGCCAUGGGCAUCAUGAACUCGUUCGUCAACGACAUCUUCGAGCGCAUCGCGGGCGAGGCGUCGCGCCUGGCGCAUUACAACAAGCGCUCGACCAUCACGUCCCGGGAGAUCCAGACGGCCGUGCGCCUGCUGCUGCCCGGCGAGCUGGCCAAGCACGCCGUGUCCGAGGGCACCAAGGCCGUCACCAAGUACACCAGCUCCAAGUGAACUUGCCAAGUAAGCGUCUUGUUACCCAACCCCAAAGGCUCUUUUCAGAGCCACGCAUGCUUUCAAUAAAUGAGCUGUAAUCCUCAUUCUGAAAGCUA